AUGCUGGUGCGGCUCUAUAAAACCACCCACCCACCCACACACACACCCACCCACACACCCACACACCCACACACCCACACACCCACACCCGCACACACACCCACCCACACCCACACACACGAUCCAGGCAAAGAGACAUUUAUGGCUCUCGUUACCCUACUCUGCUUCCUGGCCGCAACCACGCUUAUGUCGGUUGACGGGUCCUGCCCAGGGACCUGCCGUAUCAGCGACGGAGAGAUAGCGGGUUGUCACCCGUGCAAGUGCAACUACGCGGUCUGUCAAGCCCAGACGGCUUUCGGCCCGUAUGAUUUGCAUCACCAAGGGGUGCCAGUGUACUGUGAAAGUACGGCGACCUGCAUCACUCAAUGUAACAGGUACCCGUGCAGCGCUUCUCGGGCAUAACACACACACACACACAAUGUUGACGCUUUUUUCAACUGCGGCCAGCCCUAGAAGUUUGAAACCGCCGGGGGUUGAGCUCUUGACGCCCCGCACUUUCAGCUCGACUGUUCUACUUGAAUAUGCUGCGUCCAUUGGUGGCCCCUUUUUAGUGGAACUCGUACACACACACUAGUGAAUUCCCAUAGCUGACUGCCUCUCUGCCUUUGGAGGUACUGCCAGCUCCCCCGUGUAAAGAAGUUCUUGAUAUUCUGCAUUAACAUUCUCCAUACAUGUAGGCUUCGACGGUGAUACAGCUUUUAAUUUUCAAGCAGUAAUUGUAAAAGGUUCUUUUGGCGUUGGAGAAGUGCAUCUCUGUCGGAAGAGGGCGUCUUGUCCGU